AUGCUGUCCCGAGCUGCUCGUCCUGCCCUGCGGGCCACCGCCGCGCCCUCGCUGCGACCCGCCGCCGCCGCCGUCCCUGCCCUUCAGAAUGCCAACUACGCGACGCUCCGUGAAAUCGAGGGUCGUCUCAAGUCGAUUCGCAACAUUGAGAAGAUCACCAAGACCAUGAAGAUUGUCGCCUCGACCAAGCUCACCCGCGCCCAGCGAGCCAUGACCGAGUCCCGUUCGUACGGUCAGACUUCAGAGACCGUCUUCAAGGAGGCCGAGACCAAGGAGUUGGAGAGCGAGAACAAGAAGACGCUGCUCAUCGUCUGCAGCUCGGACAAGGGUCUCUGUGGUGGUAUUCACUCUGGUCUCACCCGUUACGUUCGUCGUUUGAUGAACGAGGGUGGUGAGUUCGAUUUGAUUGUGGUCGGCGAGAAGUGCAAGGCGCAAUUGGGCCGAAGCAACGCGAAGAACAUGGUCGUGUCCUUUGCUGGUGUCGGCAAGGACGUACCCACCUUUGCCGAUGCUCAGGCCAUUGCCGACCAGGUCUCCCAGGUCUCUGGCGAGUACUCCAGCACCAAGAUCUUGUACAACAAGUUCAUCAACGCUCAGAGCUACGAGGCCACUAUCAUCGAGGCUUUCUCUGACGAGGCCAUCCGCGCGUCACCAAACUUCUCCACCUUCGAGUUCGACGACGAGGUCUUGGGCAACCUCCGCGAGUACGCCCUGGCCAACUCCCUCUACUGGGCUCUCGCCGAGGGCCACGCUUGCGAACAAUCUGCUCGCCGUAACGCCAUGGACAACGCCUCCAAGAACGCCGGUGACAUGAUUGGCAAGUUCCAGAUUCUGUACAACCGAACACGACAGGCUGUGAUUACUGGCGAAUUGGUCGAGAUUAUCACUGGUGCCGCCGCGUCCGAGGACGCGUAA